AUGGAGAUCCCCAAGCUGCUCCUGCUCUGGGUGCUGGCAGUCGUGGCCCUGGGGGUGUCCCAGACCACCCUUCCCGACCACCGCGUCCUCCCUGAUCACUGCAUCUCCUCCGAGAUGGGAACCAUCUUCGUCCAUGAACUGGAGAGGGAGCUGUUCCAGGAGGCCUUUCCCACUGGGAGCGAGGAUGAGGAUGCAGCCCUCAUCACCUUCCAAGCCCACCUGUGGGACCACCCGGACCUGCCGCGGUGGUUGCGGUACCACCAGCGGGACCCCCGCCAGCCUGGCUACCUGUACGGCUGCCCCACAGUCAGCGAGGUGGGCACCCACACCAUCGAGGUGCUGGCCUACAACCGCCACACUUAUGCCACGGUGUCCCAGCGCCUCAUCAUCACCAUCAUCCCCGCCCCAGGUGGGGAGCCCCCCUACCAGGGUGAGUUUCUGGUGGGGAACAGAAACGUGGAGGAGCUGCUGCCGGAGGCCGAGCGGGAGAUGUUCCUGCAGGGCUCGUCCGGCGUCUGGGAGCGCGGAGACCUCCAGGUCAUCAACAUCACCUCCGCCUUGGACCGCGGUGGUCGCGUCCCGUUGCCCAUUGAGGGGCGCAAGGAGGGGGUGUACGUGAAGGUGGGCUCCCAUAGCCCCUUCUCCUCGUGCCUGGAGUCGGCAGUGUCCCCCCAGAGCCGAUUCCGCUGCAGCCUGGGCCAGCAGCCCCUUGCCUCCUGCUAUGACACCUUUGCCCCCCACUUCUCCAUCCGCUGGUGCAACCUCAGCCUGCUGCAGGUUUGGCCCAGCCCCACGACGCCGGGGUUGGUUUGGGGGUCCGGGGUGCUGGAGGAGGAUGGGGAUUUCCAGCCCCCCACCGAGGUGCCCCCUCAUGACUUGCUGCCGGGGUUCCUGGUGACGCUGUUGGUGCCACUGGUGGUGGCUGCACUGCUCUGCCUGCUCCUGGGUCACCUCAUGUGCUGCCGCAGGGAGGGAGUGCAAAAACGGGACUUGCAGACGACUGACAUCCAGCUGGUCCACCACACCACCAUCCACGGGGACACAGAGGAGCUGCGGCACAUGGCUGGGAGCCGGGAUGUGAUCCAGGAUGUGCCCCGACCCCUUUCCACCCUGCCCAUGUUCAAUGUCCGCACGGGCCAGCGCAUCAACCCCAUUCCCAGCCCCCGCGAUGGGGCCCGUGUCCCCCUCCUCCCCCAGUGAGGGGCACCCAGGGGGAUGCCAUGGGGAAGGGGACAAUCCCAGGGAUGGGAAAGGGGUGGUCUGAUGUUUCUGGGGGUUCAGAAGCCUGGCAACAGGCAGACCUAAGCCAGAUGGGUGGUCACCCUUCUGACUGGGCUCUGCCUGCUGCUGGGCUGUUGCCUGGAGGAUUUUGGAGUGUUUCCUCUUUAGAGUGAGUUUUGGAGCAUAAAUUGAACAUUUAGUGAUGAAA